GGAAAACCGGGGGUGGUUUUCACUCGCUUCAUCGUUUCGAUCGUGCCCCACGAAGCAACAGAGCCAAGACAGAGCAACACAAAGACGGAGACCGGCAAAAAGAGAGAGGGAUCCAUUCAUCGUCUUUUCCUCGUAUUUUGCUCGGUGAAUCUAAUUCUUGUUUUCUGGGGUCUGCUUUGUUCCCACUCGUAAUGGAUGAAGAUGCCAGCAGCCCACCAGAGAUGAGCAGCUUUCAAGCCAUUAAAGCCCUCUACGGCAACAUUAGUGACUUAAACAAGAAAAGGAAAUUGGAAGUUGAGCAGUUGGACUUGCCUUCAGCGAAGCACAAGUGUUGGGACCAAGGCUGUAGUACCCCGGUAUUAGCCCCCUGUGAGAAUAAGACUCCAGAAAUAGAAUCAGUGGACUUACCUAGAAACAAAUUUUUCGAGAAGAGGGAUAAGAGAAGCAGCUAUGAAGAACCUGAAUCCCAGUUUGAAUCAGCAAAAGGUAGCAACAGCUUCACUGAAGAUGCCGACUCUGAGAUGUCUGUGCAUGAUGAAACUAGUUUGGAAACUAAGUAUGAGAAGUUCAAUGAUAGGCCUUCCACGUCAUCUGCGAAUCAGGAAUUUCCUGUUUCACAGGAUAAUAAGAACCACUUGGAUGGUUUGACUGUUAGUCAUCAUGGUGAAGAUAAAGGAAAAUCGAUUGUUGGAAUAGAAGAGCAUAGAUCUGAAUAUAUUGAUGAGGAACCCCAAUUCUCUGAGACACUCGAGGAACACCUCUUAGAAUUCGGGUGUCAUUUAGGAUACACUUGCUCAGAGUAUGGAAAUGACUGCUCACAGCAAUGUGCAGCUAAGGAGGAAGAUGAAUUUUUCGGGCUAAUUCGAGGUAAUUAUGUUCUCUCUUCGGGGCAAUUGAGCAUGAAUGAAGAGACGCAGAGUGCUCCUAGAAAACCAACCAUUGAUCAAGAAUUCGAGGAGUACUUCUCCUCGCUUAUGAUGUAGCUUUUCCCAGUGAAGCUGAUUGUUCUUUGUAUAUAUGUGUGAAUUGUAUGGCAGAUCCUAGUUGUGUAGGGAAACUAGAAAGCUCACUUCUUCUUUAACUAUCCUAAUGUCCGAUGUUUUCCUUCAGAGAUUCAGAUAUGAAAAUGAUGUAAUUUUGAAAUGUCAUUAAAGCUUUAAUUUUCUGGUCA